AUGACAGCCACAGGCGAGCACUCGACGCAGCGGCCAUCGCAGGCGCUAGAAAGGGCAUUGACAUAUCUACAGCAGAUGCGCUCCGGCGGACAUGGACGAUGCAAUCACCACCGGAAUGGCACUUGGUUCCUUGAAAUGGAUACCUGGGGGCAGCUCGAGAUGCUACGACAACUACUUUGCCAGCGCGAUCCGAGCUUACCAUUUCCCGAACAGGUACUCGAGGACAUUGACACGGUCUUGGCUCAAAAGCACGGUCACACCCUGCUAACACCAUCCCGCUCAAUGACGCCGGGCAUCACCCUCAGCCACGGUGAACAGACGACCAGAAUAUCGGUGUGGAAAGGCAACAUCACCACUUUAACCGACGUGACAGCCAUCGUAAAUGCAGCCAACUCUGCUCUUCUGGGCUGCUUCCGUCCAUCCCACCGGUGCAUCGACAAUGUUAUCCAUUCCGCCGCUGGUCCUCGCCUCCGUCAAGCCUGCUAUGACUUGAUGCUAAAGCAAGGACAUGAAGAACCCAUCGGACGAGCAAAGGUGACGCCAGGGUUCAAUAUCCCCGCACCGUAUGUUAUUCAUACCGUUGGACCGCAGCUCAACGGAGAUCAGACGCCUGGUCCCAGCCAUCGGAAGCAGCUGGGCGAGUGCUAUGUAUCUUGUCUCCAAGCAGCGGAGUUGCUGCCUGCAUUUCCGGAUGGACGCAAGAUCAUUGUGUUUUGCUGCAUUUCAACAGGGCUGUUUGCCUUUCCGUCAGAUAUUGCGGCGGACAUCGCCGUAGAAACAGUCUAUAAUUGGUGUUUGAAGAAUCCUGAAACAACUGUGACGGAUGUCAUCUUCGACACCUUCCUUCAGCGGGACUGGGAACUUUAUAAUGCCAGAAUAUCACAGAUUACUCCUGGAAUCGGCAAAGAGAUCCAACCCCCAAGACCAGCUAUAUCUCCCGCAGUGCAAGAAGCCCAAUCAUGGCUCCACGACGCAGACUACCUCAUCAUCAGCGCCGGCGCCGGCCUCUCAGCAGCAACCGGACUGGACUACACCUCGCCAGACCUCUUCGCAAAACACUUCCCAGCCUUCCUCCCCCUCGGCCUCAGACACCUAUAUGACGUCUUUGGAUUUAGUCAAUGGGCCUCCCCAGCCCAGAAAUGGGGCUACUACUUCCACCACCUGAACAUGGUGCGCACCUGGCCUGCAUCGCCUCUAUAUAAAACCUUAUUAGGGAUAGCCCACCGUUUCGGCAGCCGGUGCUUCAUCCGCACUUCCAACGCAGAUGGCCUCUUCCUAGCGAACGGGUUCCACCCAGCACGCAUCUCAACUCCGCAGGGGCAAUACGCAUACCUGCAGUGUUUUGCGAAAUGUCGUCGCGAGGCUGUAUUCCCGUCUGUGCCGUUCCUUGAUGCCGCGCUUCCGUUUCUGCAUCCGGAGACGCAGAUACUCACGGAUGAGUCGAAGAUCCCGUAUUGCAAGUAUUGCGGUGGUGAGUUGACACUGUGUGUUCGGGGCGGGGACUACUUCAAUCAGACCCCCUUUGUGUCCCAGGAACGGGAGUAUGCCCGGUUUCUGCAGCGGGUGUCUGUGGAUGUGGAAAAGGGGGUGACUGCAGACGGAAAGGCAAACACAAAAGCCGUGAUACUGGAGCUUGGCGUCGGUAUGAACACGCCAUCUGUGCUUCGCUGGGCGAAUGAGGAGUUAGUAGAAGAGGCACCUAAUGGAGGAAUUCGAUUGAUUAGAGCGGGAAUUGAUGCUGCAGGAUGUGCGCCUUGGGAGUUGGAGGAGCAGGGCUUAGCUAUUGGGAUUUCUGGGGAUUUGAAUAGUGUUGUUAAUAUGUUGGCUAUACAAUAG